AUGUGGAGGCUUGAUUUGUUAGAGUCAAAAUUUGAAGAAACAACACCAAGAUUCCCGCAUACUAAAAAACUAUUAUUUGCAAUUAAGUAUAAUAAUAAACUAGCUAAAAAACUACCUACAACUAAAGAUGAAGCAUCAUUGGAAAUUUUGCAGUUGAAAUCCCAAUUCUUUGAGAAUAAGUAUCAUUCAGCAUAUCAGAAACUAAAUAAGGAAAUAAACAAACUUGUUAAACAAAAACCACCACCUUCUGAUUUAUUCAGUAAUGAAGACUUUAUAAAUCAUCUAAUAACAUCAAAAUUAAUCAAAUGCAUAACCUCCACAAUCUUGAUAUCUAAACAAUCAAAAAUGAAUCCACCCGACUAUAUACCGAAUAAUCUUCGAGAAAUUAUAAAAGAUAAAUCGAAUCUAUCAAAUCCAUCUCGAUUUUUUAUAAAUUAUUGUCAAAAUUCAAAACCUGUAAAUAACUAUUGCUCAAAUAUAUGGAAUAAGAAGAAUAUUAAAAUUACGUUACAAGAUAUAGAUUGGAGUUUUAAAAUGGUUCGAGGGAAUUUGAGUAAACUGGAUAUUGCCGAACGAAGUAAACAAACCGGAAAAGAUAUCAAUGAAGAUGAAGACGAACUGGGAGAAGAGCUGGAGGAAGAAGAAGAGGAAGAUGAAGAAGAAGAACAAGACGGAGAAGGGCUGGAGCAACUCAAUGGCAAGGAGCGGAAUGAUCAAAAUGAACUGGAUAUUGAAGAACAAUAUGAGAAAUACGCGACUUAUGAUAAUUUAGUAGGUGCUUCAGACGAUGAAGAUGAGCAGAAUAAUAAUAUUCUUGAUUCAAAUAUUAAUUACAAUGAGGUUACCGAUGAGGAACCAUCAGAUGAAGAAAGUGAGUCAGAUAAUUCAAGAGAUGAAGAAUCUGCUGACUCAGUUGACGACUUUUUUGAAGAGGAACCCCCAAAGAAAAAAUUGAAGAACGCCAAAAAGGAAGAAACUUAUAAUUUGCCUGAAUUAGCUCAAGGGUAUUAUUCGGGUGGAUCAGAUGAUGAUGACGAUGAUGUAGACAAUGAUAAACUUGUUAAUGAAUUAACCCAUCAACGUAAAAAUAGAAGAGGUCAAAGAGCAAGACAAAAAAUAUGGGCUCAAAAAUAUGGAAAAUCUGCAAAACAUAUAGUUAAGGAUAUGGAAAGAGUGAAAAGUGAAAGAGAAAAAAGACAAGAAGAGUAUGAAGAAAGACAACGUAAAAGAGAAUUGAAAGCUAAGUUAGCUGCUGAAAAACAAAAACCAACUGGUGCAAAUAAUGAACCAUUAGGUGAAAGAAAGUCCAAUCCAGGAUCGACAGUACCACAAGCAGAGAAAAAAAUACAUCCUUCAUGGGAAGCUAAAAAACAAGCAGAGGAAAAAUUAAAGAAUGUUAAAUUUCAAGGUAAAAAAAUUACUUUUGAUUAA